CCGUCCAGCCCUUCCCUAAGCAGCGGCGAGGGCAGUGUGACCGUUCCGAGGGUACUGUGCUGUGCUGUGCACCUAACCUGCGCCUCCUCUCAUAUGCGCCUCCUCUCCUCUCCGCCUCUCUCCUCGCCUCGCCUUCUCUUUUCCUCGAGUCAACAAACUACAGUGUGUAGUAUUUGAGAACGAGGCACCCGUUCGUCGUUUCAUUUUACACCUGUGCAUAGCACAGCAUCUGAGGCGCGUCAAAAUAAAGCCCUCCAGAUAGCCGUAGUGCGUCAAGAUGCAGCCGACGACUCGGCUUCGUACCGGCCCUGGCCGCGGCGCCAUCACACUCGCCCAUCUCUGCGCCGUCGUCUUGGCGCUGACGGCGACACUGCCGGCAAUGCUGCCGGUGGUGCCGCUGGCGGGCGCACAGCCGAUGGCGGGGCCGCGGUGCGUGAACCGGUUUCCGCAGAAGCCGCUGUGCAAGUUCGUCGACGACCUCGCCGGGGCGCCGCUCACCUUCCUCGACGCGUCGGCCGGCAAGACGAUCGAGAUAGGCGCGUAUGACGUCUAUCAGAAGUUCCACCGCGAUCUGCCAGACACCAAGGUGUAUGCGUACGGCGUCUCCCGCAGCUCGGCGCGCUACCCGGGCCCCGUGCUCGUCGCGAAGCGCGGCACCACCACCAAGGUGAAGUUUUCGAACCACAUCGAGGACAAGCAGCACAUGUUCACGGUCGACCCCACCCUCAUGGCGCCCAAAUUAAAAAAUGGCGGCGUGCCGAUCUCCGUUCAUCUGCAUGGCGCGGAGACGCCAAGCAAGUUCGACGGCCAUCCGAUGGCGUGGCACACGGCGUUUGGGGAGCAGGGACCCGAGUUCGAAUCACAGGAGCACCAAUAUCCGAACGAGCAGCGCGCGACGAUGCUGUGGUACCACGACCACACGGUUGGAAUGACCGCAAUCAACGUCGCUGCUGGGAUGGCAGGGCUAUACGUUAUCCGCGAUCCGCAAGGCGAGGAGAGAAGGCUCAAGAAAUGGCUGCCACGUGGCGCGCGUCAAUUGCACCUCCUGAUUGCUGACAGGAUGUUUUUUCCGAACGGAUCGAUGAAUUAUCCGAAUGUGGGGUCGGUUCCGAACGUGCACCCGAACUGGACCCCCGGUCUCAGAGGGGAUACGAUUGUCGUCAACGGCAAGGUUUGGCCGUACCUCAAGGUUCGGCGGGCGCAGCACCGGCUUCGGAUGGUGAAUGCAGGCAACGCGCGCACGUACAACCUCUCGUUCCAAUGCGCUGCGCGCGGCGAUUACAACUUCAACCCCCCUCUGGGAGGACCUGUCGUGCCCUUCUACCUGAUUGGUUCCGAUGGUGGCUACCUGGCACACCCUCUGCGCCGCACCUCCAUCCUCUUCGCCCCCGGCGUGCGCCAUGACAUGCUCCUCGACUUCAACGCUGCGCCCGCCUGGUGCCGAGACGUCAUCCUCGUCAACUCUGCCCCGCAGCCCUUCCCCGUGGGGCUGAACGCCGACUGGUUCACGGGCGUGGUCAUGCGCUUCCGAAUCAACGAGCGCAGGCCCAUGGCAGCUCCUGCGCUGCCUAAGAGGCUCUCGUACAUUCCCGCAGUGGACGUAUCCCAGGCAGUGAAGCAGCGGUGGCUCGAGAUCACGAUAAUAGUCGACCCGGUGGUGAACAAGACGAUCACCAUGCUGUUCAACAACAAGGCGUACAUGGACCCUGCCACUGAGACACCCAAAGUAGGCACGUCAGAGAUUUGGCACAUCAUCAACCCGACCUUUGAGACGCACCCCAUCCACCUGCACCUGGUGCAGCACCGCCCCAUCUCCCGCCGUCCGAUCAACUCGGGUGGGCUCAUCAACGGCUCGUGCUCGCUGGACCCCUCCUCCUCCAAGCCCAGCUGCUUCACUGGCCCGGCCCGCCCCGUGCCCCGGCACGAGCAAGGGUGGAAAGACACCACCGUGGCGUUCAAUGACAUGGUUACCACCAUCUUCGUUCCGUUCAAGGGGCAGGACGGCAAGGCGUUCCCCUUCGAUGCCACCGAGGGGCCGGGCUACGUGUGGCACUGCCACUCGCUGGGGCACGAGGACAACGAGAUGAUGAGGCCGCUCAUUAUGACCUCUUAGGAGGAUCCCGUGACCUUGGGACGCCUCUGCUGUGCUUGGCUUGGCCCCUGGGGGUGGCUUGGGCUACGUGUGGCACUGCCACUCGCUGGGGCACGAGGACAACGAAAUGAUGAGGCCGCUCAUUAUGGUGACCUCUUGGCACCGCUUGACGUUUUACUGCCUCUGCAUGGUGGUGUGUGUCAACUUAUACAUAUUAUCUAUGUAGAAGUUAUAGGCUAGACUGAGGUAUGCUUCUAGUGAGUACAACCAACUAGUAUUUGUUCUAGGUUUCCACCUCUAGUA